CCUACCUCCCACCCUCCCCCUGCUCAGGGCGGAAAUGUGUGUCCAUUUUACUCCGUUUACAGCGGUUGGAGGAGCAACCUUAUCAAUACGCGCCCACGAGACGGGGUACCAGCGCGUAGAGCGCACUCUCCAUGUUUUGUUUAUAUCGCUGAAAACUGGGGGGAGAAGGAAGAGAGGGCACCGCCAUACUGAACUGGUCGUUUUAGACCGGGUUUCCAGAUUAGAGGGCAGUGUUCUUGCACGAUCGCAGGACUGAGUGGCUCGUAGCCCACUCGGGAGCCUCCAGAGAGGCGCGUGGAAAAGCCCUUUGCAUUCCUCCGCGCAUGCAUAGCCAGGGAGAGGUUAAUAGGAAGUGGGCUCCCUCCCAGCCGGAGCUGGGGUAAACUUGCAAAUUGCGUGCAACAUCGUUGGAAAGGUGUUGCGUGCUACGGAGUCCAGCGAUCGUUCCGUUCAAACGUCCAGGGGCUCCUGGAUCUCUCGGGUUUGCGUCCACGCGAUGGACCGUGUCGCUUGUGUGCCAACGCUUUCAUGAAUAAUUUAGAGUCUUCUGGUCCGAGGCUAGUGCUGCUGCUACUACCACCGGUCGCUGGCUGCGCCUGACGCCGAGGAACGGGCCCCGAUGGUGGACUAGAGGGGAGACGACAACACGGACUCUGAGAAGCGGACGGGUAUACGUUGGACAUUUUCCUCGCAGGCUACUUGGUGCGCCCGUUUUAUCAACGGGGCUCCGCAGUCAUGUUGACUCAGUGGGGGAGGAGAGACGCACCUCAUACUUAGACGCUAUAUCUCUGUCACUACAAUUACAGAUUUAUUUCAUGAAACCAGCCUCCAAGACGUCAGCUUACGUUUUACCCGUCUAGGGGCUAAAGUGCGUGUUUAUGAUUAUUCAGAAAUUACAACGAUGCCUUUCUUUAAGCCGCCUUAUUAUGGGGAUGAAUUGUCUUGUUAGUUGUAGAUCAAUGUGUCUCCUGAUAAGUUGAUCUCAACCUUAUCGAUUUCAAAGUUGCUACCUCAUUUUUUUUUUUGCAUCUGUUCAGUGUUAUUUACUGUAAUAAUUUUUACAAGUCGAUAAGCAAGGGUGAUCCGACUUCAUGUAUACCUCAUAAAUCUACCUCAAACACAAACAUAACACACCCCCAAAUGAGAUUCCUGGACUAAUUCACGUUUUGAAUCGAAGCUGUUCAUAGUGGCGAUGCAGAUGGCUUCGUUCCCCGACACUGACCUGCAGACGUGUCCGCUCUGCAAAGAGCUCUGCGGCUCCUCGGCGCCGAUCUCGUCCAACUCCUCGACCUCCUCCUCCUCCUCCCACACAUCGACCUCCUCCAGUCAGACCUCCAGGAGGCUCCACGUUCUGCCCUGCCUCCAUGCCUUCUGCAGGCAGUGCCUCGAGGGCCAGCGUAGCCCGGGAGACCCCCUCAAGCUCCGGUGCCCCACCUGCGACCAGAAGGUGUCCAUCUCGGAGGCCGGGUUGGACUCCCUCCCCUCCACCAACUUCCUCUUCAGCAACCUGUUGGACGUGGUGGUGAGCUCCGAGGACCAGCACCAGAACAAGAACGGCCUCCACCGUGGGGGCCUGCUGGGCGGGGGGGGCGGCGGCGGCGGCGGCGGUGGGGGCUUCCACCACCAGCACGGGGGCCUCCUGCGUCCCCAGCUCCUCGUGGAGCCCCAGUGCAGCUCCUGCGACGAGGAGAACCCCGCCAGCUCCCACUGCCUGGACUGCCAGGAGUACCUGUGCGACAACUGCGUGCGGGCCCACCAGCGGGUGCGCCUCACCAAGGACCACUUCAUCGAGCACCUGAGCGAGAGCUUCCACCUGGGCGGCCGCGCCAACGCCCUCACCAACGGCAACAGCGGCGGGCAGCCCGGGGGCACGGUGUCCCUGGCCCAGUCGCUGCAGAACAACUUCGCCCUGCUCUCCCUCUUCCAGGACCGCAUGAGCUUCUGCCAGCACCACGACAAUGAGGUGUUCCUGUUCUUCUGUGAGAGCUGCUCGGUGCCCGUCUGCAGGGAGUGCAGCGCGGGGCGCCACAUGGGCCACAGCUUGGUGUACCUGCAGGACGCCGUGCAGGACUCCCGGGCCGUCACCACCAGCUGCUGGCCGACGCCCCAGCAGGGCCGACACGCCGUGCAGCUGAGCAUGGAGAAGGCCCAGGCCAUGGCGGAGCAGGUGGAGAUCAAGGCCAAGGUGGUGCACACGGAAGUGAAGGCCAUCGUCCUCCGUCACCGCAAGGCGCUGGAGGAGAGGGAGAGUGAGCUGCUCUGGAAGGUGGAGAAGAUCCGGCAGGUGAAGGCCAAGUCGCUCUACCUGCAGGUGGAGAGGCUGCACCUGAGCCUGACCAAGCUGGACGGCACCAUCGCCGCCGUCGGCCAGGUGCUGGAGGACGGCCGCCACCUGGACGUGCUGCUGGCCCGCGGCCGCAUGCUCACCCAGAUCCACGAGCUCCAGGCCCUGCGCGGCACGCUGCAGCCCCAGGAGGACGACCGCUUCAUGUUCACCCCGCCCGACCAGGCCCUGUACCUGGCCAUCCAGUCCCUGGGGCUGAUCAGCAGCGCGGCCUUCGCCCCCGUCACCAAGGCCCACGGCGAGGGCCUGAAGACGGCCCUGCGCGGCAAGCCGGCCUCCUUCACCGUGGUGGGCUACGACCACGACGGGGAGCCCCGGCUGUCGGGCGGCGACGCGGUGUCGGCCGUGGUGGUGUCGGUCGCCGAGGGCAACCUGUCGGCGGUGGAGAUCACGGACCACCAGAGCGGCUCGUACACGGUCAGCUACCUGCCCAAGAGCGAGGGGGAGCACCUGGUGUCGGUGCUGGUGUGCAACCAGCACAUCCUGGGCAGCCCCUUCAAGGUGGCGGUGAAGUCGGGCCGGAGCUACGGCGCGCUGGGCUCCCAGGUGGCGGCGUUCGGCUGCGAGGGGGAGAGCGACGGGGAGCUGUGCCGGCCGUGGGGCAUCAGUGUAGACAAGGAGGGCUACGUGGUGGUGGCGGACCGCAGCAACAACCGCGUGCAGAUAUUCAAGCCCUGCGGGGCCUUCCACCACAAGUUCGGCACCCUGGGCUCCCGGCCCGGGCAGUUCGACCGGCCGGCCGGGGUCGCGUGUGACAGCCAGCGACGCAUCAUCGUGGCUGACAAGGACAACCACCGCGUUCAGGUGUUUACUUUCGAGGGCCAGUUCGUGCUGAAGUUCGGCGAGAAGGGUACCAAAAACGGGCAGUUCAACUACCCCUGGGACGUGGCCGUCAACUCGGAGGGCAAGAUCCUGGUGUCGGACACACGCAACCACCGCGUGCAGCUGUUCGCCGCCGACGGCUCCUUCCUCAACAAGUACGGCUUCGAGGGCGCGCUCUGGAAGCACUUUGACUCUCCGCGCGGCGUGGCCUUCAACCACGAGGACCACCUGGUGGUGACCGACUUCAAUAACCACCGGCUGCUGGUCAUCCGGCCCGACUGCCAGUCGGCCCGCUUCCUGGGGUCGGAGGGCACGGGCAACGGGCAGUUCCUGCGGCCGCAGGGCGUGGCGGUGGACCAGGAGAACCGCAUCAUCGUGGCGGACUCGCGCAACCACCGCGUGCAGGUGUUCGAGCCCAACGGGAACUUCCUGUGCAAGUUCGGCACGCAGGGGAACAGCUUCGGGCAGAUGGACCGGCCGUCUGGCAUCGCCGUGACGCCCGACGGCGUCAUCGUGGUGGUGGACUUUGGGAACAACCGCAUCCUCAAGUUCUAGGACAGGUUUGUCUAUCUCUCUCUCUCCCUCUCUCUCUCUCUCUCUCUCUCUCUCUCUCUCUCUUUCUCUAUCGCUCUCUCUCUGUCCGUCUGUCCCCCUCUCUGUCUGAUCACGGUCUCGCUGUCUGUUGGUUCUGUGAGCAGAGCAGUGGGUGCAGGACACGGAGGAGGAAGACAUAUCAACCAACGCAAUCCGGAGGAGAGCUUAAAGAGAGAGAUCAGAGCAGGGAAGAAGCAUCAGAAGUAGAGAGAGUUGAAGGGAAAUCAAAAUGUUUUUGUGUCCCCGCUGUAGUUUGCCAAUAUUGUCAAAAAAUCGAAAAUAAUCUGUGGUAUGUGUGAUGAAAACAGGGGGACCUCCGUGAAAAUCAAUGACCGUUUGGCAAAGAAAGGUUUUUAUUUCCUCCUUCUUUGCUCAUCUCGGCGUUCGGCUCUGUUCACUUUUUAAGCUCCGCUCAAGUAGCCAUCUCAGGGAACCUCAAAUUGCUAUGAUUCUUUUCUUAAAACCUUUUUUUGUUUCGUUUUUUUUUUUUACCCUCUGCUCCACACCUACCUCAUGUUGCUCGUUAUGAAUGUACCCACAGUCACUGAGCAGAGGUGUAGUCCGUGAAGGUUUACUAAGAAGAAAGAAAGAAAAGAAGAAGAAAAAAAAAAAAAACACAAAAAAAAUGUCUACCUCAAUACUUUUUAUUUAAGAGAGACACAAAGAAUUGACUCUUCGGUUGGUAUUUGCACAGGAUUCAUGGAUUUAUUGCUGUGCAGUUAGGAACAGAGUGGGUCGAGUAGGACCUAUUGAAAGUUCCCCUCCGAGACCGUUCUCGGACCACUGUACAGGCCGCACAGUGAGAAAAGGAGCGGCCCAAGAACCUUGGGGUUCACUGGUGUCAUUUCACAAGUCCUCGUUUGUUUUGUUUGGUUUUUUGGGGGGCGAUCUUCUCCAAAAUCUUCCAGGAGCGACUUAUUUUGACUCUGUGGAAGAUGUGUUGUGUCAUAGCCGCCCCAGGUAAAUGCGUUUGGAGCAAAAUGCCAAUCUCUGUGGGAAUCAAAAUGGAGCUCAGGUCAUUGUUGUUUGAUUAUCAUUUAUCCGUCAGACUCUCCUGCUGGCCUUGUUGGCUCAUCGAUCAUACCGGAUUCAGAUAAGGCCCAUUAAGGAUUAUAUUGUAAAAGAAAUAAUGAAUAUACUUAUAUACUUGUAAACAUUUUUAAAACCCUCCCCUUGACAUAAGCCAAUCGUUUUAUAUCACAAUUGUUUAAUGUAAAACCAAUACCAAUCGGCCAUCAGUGAACCUAAUGCCCCCAGGGAGACACGGAGGUCCUUAUGCAAAGAGAGCUUUGUCCUCUCUCGGUAACCGAGGACCCACCAAAGGAUUUCUAAAAGAAGAUGCUUCCAGAGCGCGGAUCUAAAAAGUGAUCUCAAGUGAAUGGUCUAAUCAUGACCAAGCAGCCCCCUCAACCGUAGAGGUGAGCGCUAUCAACACGAUAUCGGAAAGAAGGUCUCAUUGGCCACCCUGAGGACAAUUCCUGAUAUUGAGAAGAAAAAACGGCCAUUCGAAACAAUUCCUAUGAAUUUAGAUCGCGGGGUUGGUCGCCGCUCAAAUAGUUUUUAAUCAAAUCGUUGGAGAGUGGCGGGACCACAGCCCUCCCAUUUAUUGUCUAACUGCAGACCACCGAAAGAUAGACCACCUAAAGAUGGAGGUCUGCAGAACAGCAAUUCGAAAUCCGACCAAAGGUAGAAUUCCCCCCAAAAAAAGGAAGUUUGGGCAUCUUCCAAACAAGAAACGUUGGAAAUCGUCGUGGUCUUUUUUAAGCAGGACCCCUGCGGCCCGUUAGGGGGGCCCAACAGUACGGCGUGGUCGACCCCGGGGACUGAAUCCCGGGAUCUGGGUCUGGGGUUCGGACGGAUGCACAUAGUCGUUCCACCAGCAUCCCAUCGUCUAAGACACAGAUUGCCUGAGGAACAGGAGUCCCAACCCACCUCUUGUUGUUCUCUCUCCUGGGUCGACAGGAGACGCCUGAAAAGAGAGCCCCGUCUCUUGACACCAAAGAAUCCCCAACCCUUGAUUUCUCUCCCCCCCCCCCCCCCCCCCCCUUUUGAUCGUUAAUAUAAAACAGCCCUAUAGGCUCAAAAACAGCACCUCCCAAAAGGAGCAUUUUCAUCCCUGCAUAACAACUACCAAUACCAAUCUGGCAACACGCCCAAUGCCAAUCUCAGCCUACCCUCUUUUCUUCCAUGAUUUAAAAGGAAGAGCAAAUCAACCCUCUGUCCCCCUCCAGACGCUCUCUAGAGCUGGACAGGUCUGUUGUGUCCAGAGAGGGCCCCAAGGGGACAUGUCCUGGGGACCCUGUUUUUGUUUUUUUUUGUUCUACACAGAUACCUCAACUCUUGAAUUCCUGCCCCAAUGUUCAUGUAUAUCCACUGUACAUUCGGUCACAUUGAAAUACCUCAAGCUGUACACGCACCUCAUAUACCUCAUUCAUUAUGACCUUGUUUUAUUGUUACUUCGACUCUGGUUGGAACAUAUACCUCAUCCAAUAUUUAUGAAUAACAACGUGCAAGAAUAACACAAGAAACGACAUACCUCAGUCUUUGAUUCCGUCUGAGGUGUUAUGGCGAUUUAUGUCUCCCCGUAACUCCUCGGACCAAAGAUCUCUAAAAGUUUUUCUGUAUUUCUUAAACGAAAACCCAUCGCGGCGUGGUCGUCACCACUCAAAACUUGCGUCCUCCAAAAGGGUUAACCCGUACCCCUUUAUUCAGCAUAACGUAUGUUUAAUCCACGGUGAAACGGCCUGCAAACGUACGCCUUUCUACCCCAGACCAAAACCCAACACUCAGAAACCAAAUGUCAGGAGGAGCAAGCAGUGCCAAAUGGAUCCCCUGAGAGAGAGUGAUUCCGUGCCAAACAGGAGGGGCACUUGAGCCACGCUGUAAUGGACGACCCGGACCAUGCAAAAAAGCAUAACACACGUGUUAGCAGACAACCUCCUUAUGUCCCAGAAAACCUCCUUAUGUCUUUUAUUAUUAACUUGGAUUGGAUGCACUUAAGACGCGGCUGCGUCCCAAUUCUGUCAUCCUCACCGUACCUCAUAUUGACCACCGCUUUCCCACGUGUACUGUUACUGUCUGGUGCGUCGUGGUGAGGGGAAGCAGCAGUGGCCUCUUUUAAAGAGCCUUGUCGAAAAAAAAAAAGAAUAUUUUGAAUAUCCUCUCGUACUGCAGCACAAUUUACCCUAUAAUUCCACGGCAGUUGGACGCUCGCCUAAAUCUCUGAUAUAAAUGUAAAGUGAAGGUCGGUCCCGAGCUCCGUUUGAGUUCUCUCAGAACGAAGGGACUGGUCGGCGCGAUACAACAGCAAGCACAUUAGACACUCGCUAGUGUUGGGCUGGACACGGCUGCUUUGGGCACACACAAUAAAUACCAUUGAUAGUAUCCGUUUAUUUUUCCUUUCUUGUGUUGCAGUAUUACUUUAUGAAAAUGCUCAGUCAUGUCUGCGUCAUUUGUUGUUCUUGUUUCUCUUCUAAGUUAAGUUUGCAGAAUGCUAUCUUUGAGAUCCUUAGGUCUUGACUCUGAAAGAGAUAAAAGAAUACCGGGGCAGGCGUUAGUUCCUCAUAUGUUGCAUGCUUUAAAAAGUCCUUGUAUUAUACUGAACUCUUUUCUUGAUUAGGUGUUAAACUCAGAUGGGGGUGCCGCUAAUACAAGUCCUGGGAUUGGUUGUUUUUUUUCGGUUAAAAUGUAUACCCAAAGAUGUGUGUGUCUGGCUAGGAUUGCAUUGGAUGGAACUGACCUUUUGACCUUUGCGAUUGUAUUUCCUGUUCUCUCAAAGCGUUGCAGAGCAGUUUCCUUUAUUCCCGCCAACCAUGCCUUGAUUUUAGAGAUGGGAACGAGGCAGGGUUUUACCGUGCGUACAAUACAGACUAAAGAUGCUGCCUCGCCCAUCUUAACCAGCAGUCUUUAUUCCCUGGUUGGCCCUCUGAUAGCCAUACCAUGGACAGGCACAUCAACGUAUAACCUCUUUCCCAUAUAUAGAUAUCAGGUAUAUAUAACCUGUACGAGCCCGGCCUGUUCAUUGCAAUCACUCGGCAUAGAGGAUUCAAAUGAGUACAAAUUCACUAGGCGUCCAUUUUGUGUUUUGGCCUAGUUAUGGAAACCUCUCGGACUGUGUCAUGUGACACGGGAUUGGUCCCGCACAAACGUAUCAAGUCAGCCUAGCAUUUUCCUCCUUAUGUCUCAAAAGACCUGGGAAGUGUAGUGCUGGCUGCUGAGCCUAUGAUCUUUGUACCGACCCUCCCCCCCACCCGCCCACACCCUUGCUACAGUUUACCCUUCCCCCCCCCUAUUUUUCUUAUCGGGUUCCUGUGGUUUUUCUCCUUUGUUUUUUUAUUUCUGGCCCCUCGUGGCUUUAAGAGGAAAAUAGCAGAGCUGCACCAUCUGACAGGUGCAAGGUCAUAGACCUAUUUUAUUGAUUGUAUCCUAUGGAAGAAAAAAAUAAAAACAAACUAAAAAGUUGGAAAAUUUUAGAAAGGAAAAAAAAUAAGUAUCUCAGGUAGAUUUUUGGCGGGCACGCUCCGCAGGUAUCUCAUUGAAACGUGUCCUGUAGUGAUGAUGAAGAUGAUGUAGUUUUUCUUUUCUCCCCCUACCCUGAUCGCAGUACUAGUCUGAUUCUCUUCUCAAUGUCCCCAUGUAUAUUAACGACAAAAAAAAAUUGACAUGAUUUGAAUAAUUUAAUAAUUUUCCCCUCAUUACUGUCUUGUCUUUUAAUUUUACUUUUUCAUUUCCUGAACAAAAUAGUACAAAAUACUCCAUGCAACAAGAUGCUCCUCAGCCCUUUUAGAAUGUACCGUUUUGUUUUUUUAAAGAAAGGGCUGGCGGAGUCUCACUCUCCACAAUGCACUGCUUUAGACCCCGGCAGGCAGAGCUUGAACCCACGGCAGAGAAACAACGCAAACCCCAUGAGGAAAACACACACAAACACGGCUAGGCCAUGCUGGUUGACGUGGAAACAUCCAGAACCUUCCAUUGGCAGCUUUAACAUUUUUAGCCAAAUUCAGGAUUCUCCAGAAGGUUCUCGGUGGUAAAAACACAAAAAGUAAACCAAAACGUUCUGCCGUGCUCUGCCUCCGCUUGUGUGUUGGGCAGUAAGUUGUGUUGGAGUGUUUGUGUUUUACGCGCUGCAUCCGUGUUGUUGCGCAGAAUUCCACUGAAUGUAUCCUCUACGCAGUCAAAGAGGCAGCGAGGCUCUGAGUGGCCUGCUGAGUUUAGAUGUUGCUGCUGGCACAUCCAUGUCCAGUUACACAAUGUGUGUGUGUCUGUGAGUUGGUGGUUGGGUGGGCAGGCGGAGAUUCCUUAGUCCGCAACACAUGUUGGACACACACACACACACACACACACACACACACACACACACACACACACACACACACACACACACACACACACACACACACACACACACACACACACACACACACACACACACACACACAUUGUGACUGGAUGGAAGGGGCAGAUGUCAGGUCUUCAGUCUAAAUAAGGUGAAGGAGACUAUAAUAUAUCGGUCACUCGUGGCGUUGGCUGUCCUCUAUGGACUUUAAACAUUUCCUAUGCAGUUUUUCUUUGUUUACACUUAAAAUAAACUUGUAUUUCUUUGA